AAGGCGUCCUAAUUAGGAUUUUAAACGCUGACAUUAAACAUAAUUGGGUGUUUUAACUUCUGUCUCGGCUUGUUUAACGUUUUGCUUUGAGUUUUUAGUUUUAUUCUUUUUAUAUAGGGUUGUUUGGUUUACAUUAGGAGUUGGAGUCAUAGUCCUGGCUUACAAAUCCGCUACUUUCUUCUGGGACCGAUUUUAAAGUCAUGUUUCCUGAGAGUCACACUGGGUACAGCUAUGAGGAUUGCAGGGCUACAGCUGACUGGCUGUUGGCUCAGACUGCAGUGCGCCCACUGGUGGGCAUCGUCUGUGGCUCCGGUCUGGGUGGAUUGGCAGACAUGCUGAAAGAUCAAGUGGUCUUCAACUACAGAGACAUUCCCAACUUCCCCCAGAGUACAGUGCAUGGACACGCUGGACGGCUUGUGUUUGGGACUCUGAAGGGAAGGCCAUGUGUCUGCAUGCAAGGCCGCUUCCAUCUCUAUGAGGGAUACCCCAUCCAAAAGAUCACUCUGCCCAUGCGGAUAUUUAAGCUGCUCGGUGUAGAGACUGUGAUCCUUACCAAUGCUGCAGGAGGCCUCAAUCAGGACUUCAAGGUGGGAGACAUCAUGAUCAUCAAAGACCAUCUGAACAUGCCUGGAUUCGCCGGCAACAAUCCGCUGAUAGGACCUAAUGACGAAAGGUUUGGUGUGCGUUUUCCCUGCAUGUCUGACGCGUAUGACCGCGAGCUGCAGCAGCUGGCCAUGGACGUGGGCAUUGAGUUGGGUUACGGUGAUUUCCUCAGGGAGGGCGUCUACUGUGUGCUCGGCGGACCCUCAUUCGAGACCAUCGCUGAGUGUCGCAUGCUGCACAAACUGGGAGCUGAUGCUGUUGGAAUGAGCACGGUUCACGAAGUGAUCGUGGCGCGUCACUGUGGAAUGCGCGUCUUCGCUCUGUCUCUGAUAACCAAUCAGGCUGUGAUGGACUACGACAGCGAGGAGAAAGCCAACCAUGAGGAAGUUCUUGAGACAGGCAAACAGAGGGCCGAGCAGCUGGAGAGGCUGGUGUCCACCAUGGUCACUCGCAUUGGGCACAAUAACUAGUCCUAAACAAAACUUGAUUUUCUCAUCACUGAAAAGCAAAGUUGAUUUUGAACAUAUGGUCAAUUUCAGUACAGUGAAACAUUCAGCUUGUCCGAACUGAGCCAUCAUACUCGUGUUUAGUGCUUUGCUGCAUGGUUGUGUGCUUCUAUCCUUAGGUGCAAUGUUCUGUGUGUUUCCUGGUUUGUUUGUUUUUGUUUUUUUUUUUUCCUUCCUGAAGUGCACAGAUAUCAUUCAUAUUUAUUAGUGAGAUCCUCUGGUCAUGUACAUUCCUUUAUAGUAGUAAACACAAACUGUCAGACUCUAGAUGUAUGGAAACGUGUCUUAAACCAUUCAUAAUUAUGUAUAUGUCCUAAUUAUUUAAAUUCUUAGUAAAUUGUUGAUUGUUUUAUGAAAGCCCUAUGCUGUACAGUAGAUGUAUAGAUUGUUCAUUGUGUGUCCCUUUUUCUAACAUUAUUAAAGUUGUAUAUUUAUUACUAUA